AUGUUACCGCAGUUCUUAACUGAUCAAUAUCCUUUGGAGCAACAUUUAUUUUUGAUACCAAAGUAUAGUUUACGUUUAAUAGGUUGUGAUCCAGAAUCACCAAAAACAUAUACACUCUAUAUAUGGGCUGCAAUAAAUUUCAUAAAUUUGGCUUCAUGUGUUACAGCGGAACUCACUUUUGGCAUCUAUAAUCUAUCAAUUGAUCCGCUAACUGCAUUGGAUGCGUUAUGUCCUGCAGCUACUAGUACAAUGUCUCUGUUUAAAAUGAUCAGCAUUUGGAUGUAUCGUGAUGAGUUCUCUUCGCUCAUGGAACGGAUUCGGGUAUUAUUGUUAAAACAAGAAAAUAGUGAACCUAAAAAUCAAUUGAGACGCGAACUCUUCACGCUAACGACUCGUCUAUCAGCUAUCGUUUUUUUUUUGGCCAUUUGUACUACAACUACAUUCACAAUACGUCCAUUGGUCUCCAAUCUAUUUCGAUAUUUAAGUGAUUUGGAUUAUGCACACGAAAUGCCAUUUAAGCUCAUGUUACCUCAGGUGUUAUGUAGAAUGCCGAUGUAUCCAAUAACCUAUAUCUAUAUUGCUUGGCAUGGAUUUAUUACGCCAUUUUCUUUUGUUGGUUCAGAUUGCAUGUUUUUUUCCUAUUGCUUAUAUAUCACAGCGCUUUUAAAAUGUGUUCAAUUGGACAUUACGUCUACUUUGGCAGAAUUAACUGACACUGACAAAAAUUCAAGUAGAUGUGAGCAAAAACUAAAACUAAUUAUAGAACGACAUAAUGAAAUAUCGGUACUGACUGAACGUUUUUCAAAGAUAAUGGCUAUUACUACCUUAAGUCAUUUUGUGUCAUCGAGUAUGAUUAUUGGCACAAGUGUUGUAGCAAUUUUAUUUCUCACUGGUAUUGGAAUCGUACUGUAUGUUGUUUAUGCCAUAUGUGUGACAAUGGAGUUAUUUUUAUUUUGCUAUGGUGGAUCAGCUGUUAUUGAGAGCUCACAAGAAGUCAGUGAAGAAGCUUAUUGCAGUCAUUGGUAUAAGAGAGAUAAAAAUAUUCAAAAAAUGGUUUUAUUACUGAUGUUGCGUGCACAACGCCCUCUAGUUGUUAAAGUGCCAUUUUUUGCACCAUCUUUACCAGCUUUUGCAUCGAUAUUGCGUUUUACAGGAUCAUUGAUUGCAUUGGUCAAAUCAUUUUUGUAAACUAAGAGAACAUAGAGUUGUGGUUUUUAGAUUCGUUAUGAAUACAGUAAAAAUCUAAAUUUUUUUUAAAUACAUAGUAGGAUAUAUCAAAAAUAUAUUUAAAAGAUCCAUGAAACUCAUACCAUGAGAAAGUUUUUAUGUAAAAUUAUUUAAAGAACCUUAGUACAUCCAUACUUCGCUAUAAUAGAAAACUAUUCUUUGACUAGGAUUUGGUACCGCUUUAUUGGCAUCGCUCUUUGAUGUCGGUCCUAUCGCGCUCAACUUUAACGCAGUUACUGUUUAUAGAGUUAGUAGCUUAGUAUAUUGUAUUGGAAGCAUAAUAGUUUGACUUUUAUGUAUAACAUCAACUUGAACUGGCCCCUGCUUAUAUCAAGACAGUCUUUGUAACUAAUGUACCUUAAGGAGUGUUAUCUUAAUUAUAAGUGUAU